AUGGGCAUACAAGACAACAUCCCACACGCUCAAUCCAAACCCUUGGAGGCAGCGCCCGAGGUGCCGGUGUCGACUAUCGAUGUCUCGCGAUGGUGGCGCUACAAGAACCUUAGGUCCAUGAACCUUUGGAUGAUCAUCCCUCUCUUGUCGAUUUUCUGUCAAGGUUUCGACGGCUCCAUGAUGAACGGUCUCCAAUCUGUCUCGCACUGGCAGUCCUAUUUUGGCACCCCCAAGGGAGCAACACUCGGCGUCUUCAAUGCUGCGUACCCUCUCGGUGGCCUAGUAGGAGUCUUCCUUAUCGCCCCCGCCGCCGACCGUUGGGGAAGGAGGAUUGGCAUUUGCCUUGGUGCCGUGAUCACUUGUCUCGGUGCUGCCCUUCAAGCAGGUGCAAAGGAUAUCGCCAUGUUCACUAUUGCCCGUGUUUUCAUUGGAGCCGGAAGUGUGAUUGUUGCCGGUGUCGGAGCGCCUUACAUCACCGAGAUCGCCUACCCGACGCAGAGAAGUACGGCUACAGCUUUGUUCCUGACUUUCUACUCGGUUGGCUCGAUCGCAGCUGCUUGGUGUACUUUCGGCACGUUCCGCAUUGACGGCGACGCGUCCUGGCGAAUUCCUUCAGCUCUGCAGGGCCUUCCUUCCUUGAUCCAGAUCAUCUUUAUCUGGUUCGUUCCCGAGUCUCCACGAUGGCUUGUGAGCAAGGGUCGCCAUGAAGAGGCGCUGGCUAUGCUCGUCAAAUAUCAUGGCGAGGGGAACCCUGAAGACCCUGUUGUGAAGUUUGAGUACCAAGAGAUCACCACCACGAUCGAGGGCGAAAAGGCAGUGGCUCAAUCCAGUUUCUUUGGGUUCCUGCGGGAGCUGAUGACCGGGCCUGGCAACCGGAAGAGAACCAUGAUCAUGAUAUGGGCGGCGAUCUGCUCCCAGAUGUCUGGCAACGCUUUCGUCUCUUACUACUUGUCGCCCAUUCUCUCGUCCGUCGGCUUGAAGUCGGACCUCCAACAGACCUUGAUCAAUGCCACCUCUCAGAUGGUCUCGUGGUUCUCCGCCAUCUACUUUGCCACGCUGCCAGCCCGGCUUGGACGUAGGACCAUGUUCUUGUGGUCUCUUGUGUUCAUGUGGAUCGUGGUCAUCUGCAUUACGGCAGGUAGCGCAGAAUUUGCCAAGGACAACUCCAACAAGGCUGCUGGAUACUCGGUCGUUGUUUUCCUAUACCUGUUCUCUCCGGCGUACAACUUCGGUUUCAACGGUAACUUGGGUCUCUACAUCCCCGAGAUCCUGCCAUUCCACUUGCGCACCAGGGGAAUCUCUUUCUUCUACUUUGUGCAGUUCUGCUUCAUGAUCCUAUCAACCUUCGCGGUGCCAGUGGGUUUGGAGAGCAUCCAGUGGCGCCUCUACAUCGUCUUCGUCAUCUGGGUCGUCAUCGAGUUUGCUGGUGUGUGGGUUCUUUUCCCGGAGACCAAGGGUCCAUCUCUGGAGGAUGUUGCCCUGAUCUUCGAUGGCCCAAGCAAGAGCAAGCAGAUGGAGCUUGAUCACGAUGUAGAGCACCAGGAGGUCAAGGAUGCCUAA